AACUCCUCAAAACCACCCACAAGGGCCGUGGGGAACGGCCGGGACACAGCCCGGGAGCAACCCCGGGGAAACGCCCGGGAGCAGCUGCGGUCGGGAACGCGCACCUUGCGCGGGGGCCGGGCUGGGCCGGGCCGGGCCGGGCCGGGCCGGGAUGGGGCGGGCGGGCCGCGGGCCCCGCCCCGAGCCCGGGCAGCCGCGCCGAGCAGCGCCGGCAGCAUGAGGAGCGGCGCCGCCGCCGCAGCCGCCGAGACCGCGGGACAGCCGGAGCAGGAAUAACAUGUGUGGAAGUACUGGCUGUUGUUGAUCACCUGUACCCCAGCACAAGAGCUCCAGCUUAAUCAUUCUCCUCCAGCUCUGCUCUCAGAACAUGGGGGAAAACGAUGAUGAAAAAUACAAUCAAGCUGGCCAGAUAUUUGAAAACUUUGUGCAAGCAUCAACAUGCAAAGGCACCAUUCAGGCCUUCAAUAUUCUCACUCGCCAACUUGAACUGGAUCCUUUGGACAAUAGAAACUUUUACACCAAACUGAAAUCCAGAGUGAACACAUGGAAGGCCAAAGCUUUGUGGAACAAGCUUGAUAAAAGAGCAAGUCACAAAGAGUAUAAACGUGGGAAGUCUUGUAUGAACACUAAGUGUUUAAUUAUUGGAGGUGGCCCCUGUGGCCUGCGGACUGCCAUUGAACUUGCCUUCCUGGGAGCCAAGGUUGUGGUCGUGGAGAAGAGGGACACUUUCUCAAGGAACAAUGUGCUGCAUCUCUGGCCCUUCACCAUCCACGACCUCCGGGGACUGGGAGCGAAGAAAUUUUAUGGGAAGUUCUGUGCAGGAUCUAUUGAUCACAUUAGUAUUCGACAGCUUCAGCUCAUCCUCUUCAAAGUUGCACUCAUCCUGGGAGUGGAAAUUCACGUGAACCUGGAAUUUGUGAAAGUCCUGGAGCCUCCUGAAGAUCAAGAAAACCAAAAGACAGGUUGGAGGGCUGAGUUUCUCCCCAUGGAUCACCCUUUGUCAGAGUAUGAAUUUGAUGUUAUCAUUGGUGCAGAUGGCCGCAGGAACACGUUAGAAGGCUUCAGGAGGAAGGAAUUUCGUGGAAAGCUGGCCAUUGCAAUCACUGCCAAUUUUAUAAACAGAAAUACAACUGCAGAAGCCAAGGUAGAAGAAAUUAGUGGGGUUGCUUUCAUCUUCAACCAGAAGUUCUUCCAGGACCUGAAAGAAGAAACAGGGAUUGACCUGGAGAAUAUUGUUUACUAUAAGGACAGCACGCAUUAUUUUGUGAUGACAGCAAAAAAGCAGAGUCUUCUGGACAAAGGAGUGAUUAUUAAUGACUCCAUUGACACCGAGCUGCUGCUCUGUGGGGAGAAUGUGAACCAGAGCAAUUUGCUGUCCUAUGCCAGAGAAGCUGCUGACUUUGCAACCAACUACCAGCUGCCUUCCUUGGAUUUUGCAAUUAAUCACUAUGGGCAGCCAGAUGUGGCAAUGUUUGAUUUUACCUCCAUGUAUGCAUCUGAGAACGCUGCGCUGGUGAGAGAGAGGCACAGGCAUCAGCUCCUGGUGGCCCUUGUUGGAGACAGCUUGCUUGAGCCCUUCUGGCCGAUGGGCACUGGCUGUGCCAGGGGGUUCCUGGCUGCCUUCGACACGGCGUGGAUGGUGCGGAGCUGGGCGCAGGGCAAGCCCCCGCUGGAGAUCCUGGCUGAGAGAGAGAGCAUUUAUCGACUCUUGCCUCAGACGACCCCUGAAAAUAUUAAUAAGAACUUUGACCAGUACACCAUCGACCCAGGAACAAGAUACCCCAACUUGAACUCGAGCUGUGUUCGACCUCACCAGGUGAGGCAAUUAUAUGUUACCAAUGAGCUGCAUCAGUGUCCUCUUGAAAGGGUGAGCUCCAUCAGAAGAUCAGUGAACCUCAGAAGACAAGAGUCAGAUAUUCGGCCAAACAAGCUUUUGACAUGGUGCCAGAAACAGACAGAGGGGUACAGGAACGUGAAUGUCACUGACCUGACCAGCUCCUGGAAAAGUGGCCUUGCCCUGUGUGCCAUCAUCCAUCGCUUCAGGCCUGACCUCAUAGACUUCGAGGCGCUGGCGGAGGACGAUGCCGUCAGGAACAACCAGCUGGCGUUCGACGUGGCCGAGCAGGAGUUCGGGAUCCCGCCGGUGACCACGGGCAGGGAGCUGGGCUCGGCCGGGGAGCCCGACAAGCUGAGCAUGGUGCUGUACCUGUCCAAGUUCUACGAGCUGUUCCGGGGCACCCCGCUGCGCGCUGUAGACGCUGCUGAGAAGCAAAAUGGAGAGAAUAAUGAUCUUGGUUCAGCAAAAUCAUCGAAUUUCAUCUUUAAUAAUUAUAUCAAUUUAACUUUGCCAAGAAAACGAGUACCAAAGGCUGAAGGGAAAGCAGAAGAAAAUGAGACAAACAAGAGGCGUCGGAAAGGACUCUGUGGUGCCUUUGAGCAGACUGCAGUCUUGGAAAACCAGGGGACAAACAAUGGGAAGGAAGAGAGUGAUGGCUCUGUCAGAGAAGGACUGAACCAGAACAAAGUCAAAUCAAUGGCAACUCAGCUGCUGGCAAAGUUUGAAGAGAACACUUCCAAUACAACUCUGCGGAGACAGGGCUCUCUGCGAAAAGAAUUCCCCAAGUCCAUCGGGGGGAGCGACAUUUGUUAUUUCUGCAAGAAGCGGGUGUACGUGAUGGAGCGGCUGAGUGCAGAGGGGCACUUCUUCCACAGGGAGUGCUUCAAGUGUGAAGUGUGUUCCACCACCCUCCGCCUAGGAAUCUAUGCCUUUGAUGUUGAGGAAGGUAAAUUUUACUGUAAACCUCAUUUUACACACUGCAAAACCAGUACAAAGCACAGAAAGAGAAGGGCAACAAUACAGAUCCAUGGACAGGAGGCGCUGGACGCGUGGAAGAAGGUGGAAGCCAAGGCCACAGAGAUCAGCACAGAAAGCACUCUGUCCACUGCUAGCAGCCCAGAGGACAGGUCCCCAGGUAUCCUGACUUCCUUCUUGGGGGGCGCGCUGAGCUGGCCCCUGCGGGCGACCAGGGAGCUGCUUGCCAUCCCCAGCCGCCUGGCUGACUGGCUGCACGGUGUCCUGCAGGCUGCCCAGCUGCAUUUCAGGGACAAUGCCUAUAACUAUGCCUACCUGUACGAACUGCUGAGCCUGGGGGUGCCUCUGCUGUGUGCCCUGCUGGAGGUGCUGGCUCUCAUGUACCGCGAGGCAGGGCUCUCCCUGGAGAGCCUGCUCGAGCGGCUGCGGCGCUGCUGCGGCCUCUGAGCCGUGCCUCGCUCCCUGCUGCCUUGCAGGUUCUCAGAUGUGACAGCCUGGCUGGUUUGUUUCUCCAGGGGGGGGUUUGGUUUUUGAUUUUGGAGGGUUUUCUUUUCUGCUUUACGUGACUUCGUUGAAUGGUGGGUUCCUUCUGACAGAGGCGAGGUGCAAUCGGAAUUUUCAACAUAAGAUGUACUGUAUGUUAGAGCAUGAAGGACAGUGUCCAAACAUUUCCAGAACAUGCACUCAGAUGAAGGAUAUUUUCUUGAUUAUUUCCCCCCUCUUUUAUUCUGUGAUCAGACCAUUGGAGGAGAUGGUACAUUUUGAAACCUAGCUUUUUUCCCUAGCUUUUUUCUUCUCUUUUUUUUCAGUUAGACCAAGAAAGAAUGUGUGUUCUUUCAGGAAUAUUUCUGACAAAUGACUGGGUUUUGAAACCUGAGUAUGGCACAUAGCUUUUUAUUUUUUCCUUGCUUUCAUCUUUGCUCUAGCUUGUGAGGUUUAUAAUUUAACAUGAAUGUGUUUCAAAAAAAUAAUGUACAUAACUCACGUUGCUCCUAGUCAUGCCUUUUACAUUGCUUGUGAAGGGUACCUUUUGUUGAUAAUGGGUAUUAUCUGUUCUACUAAUUUAUUUGAAGAGCAAGUGAUAGGAAGUGAGGGAAGGCUUGACUGAAAUUUUAAAUCUAAGGAGCUGGUAGGAAGAAGUAGACCAGACAUUCCUCAAGUCAAAGCUUCCUCAUGUGGUGGCUGGUAUGAGGAAUAUCAAUUUAUGGAGGGCUCCUCUGUAACUGAAGUCACUCCUGUUGUGCCUCUAGGCAGGCACUGCUCCCAGUGUCUUGGAUUUUUUUAAAAAUACAGGUUUAGAGCAAACACCAAAACUCUGUAAAAGUAUUCUUAGGCAAUAACUCCUUACUUGGGUAAUUCAUUUCAAUGUGUGCAGCUGGAAAGGUGAAAUUCUAUUAUCUGGAGCAGCAAAUGAGUAAAUUCCUUUCAGAUGUCCCUCAAAAAGGUCUACCUUAAUCUGUUAAACAGCAAGGACAGUGACAUCCCAAUGCUCAUUACUUUCAGCCUAGUUAGCCAGCCAGGUAAGCGUGCUCCCUGCCUUUCAAGUACUUAUUUAUACUCAGAAGUUUACCAGGAAAUAGGUAAAUCCUUAAACAUGGCAAUGUGUGUAGCCUAAAAUGAAAAGCAUCUAUUUGUAGCCAGAAGAAUGUGGCAUACACAAUAGGAAAUAGUGUUGCACUCAGUUGGUACCAAAACUGAGGAUCACCUGCCAGUGGUCUCAAAUAACUGUGCUGCCUAUGGGCUGGCAGGUCUUGGUGUUUAUUGUUUUGUUUUGUUUUGAUUUAAUAUAAUGUGGGAAAAGAUGAUUGGAAUUGUUUUGCCUCUUAGGUAUGAAAAGGAAAUGUGUCUGCUGUUUAAAAUAAAUUGACAAACUGGAUCUUUUUUCUAGAUAGUUUGACUUUCUUUAAACUAUGAGGAUGAGCUUUUCACAUUUUAGAGUGGUUAUGUAUUUUGGGAGAGAAAUUGUUAUUUUGAUGCACAGAACUUGAAAAAGUGCUUAAAGAAAAUUGUUAGACAUAAGGUAGAAUUCCUUUGCAAAAAUUGCCAUUAAUGCUCAAACAUGUAUUCAGCCAAACUUUGCUACAACAUUGAGUGGACACAGCAAUAAUUGCAAUAAUUGCAGUUACUCAGUGGCCCAUCUGUAUAUAUGGAAUGUAUCUGCACCUUUCUUACAGCAUUUAAAAAACCUGACUUGGAAACACUGUAUUAUUUUUAAUUAUUUGCUAAUGAUAGUAACUGCUUCCCCCUAAAAAGGAGACAGUCUGCAGUGUGCUUGCUCCUGCAACACAGCAAACUGCUGAGUGGUCAAGUUUCCAAAUUUGGGCUGCCAUCAAUUUUGGUUUCAGUUUGUCAAUAGGAGAGUCUUUAGGAACACUUCUUCCUAAAGUUUUCUCCUGCUGUUUACUAUGGCAGAGUGAGCAUAAUGGUAAAUGUAGAGAAAAUGGUGAUACAUUAAGAAACUUGGAAAUCUCUGGCCAAUGAACUUAAACCAAAUGAAUCUUACUAGUAGAAAGUGUAAAAAUAAGAUUAAAAAAAAAAAAUUAAAAUAUGGGAUUGGUUUUAUACAGAUUUGUAUAAUGGGGCAUAAAUCCCUACAAUUCCACAACAGAAUUCAGGAACUUGCAUGGUGAAAAUGUUUUUAAUUACCAUGCACUGGGAUUUUGCAGGUUAUUCUGUUGGAAUCACUUUAAUUGGUUAACUUUUUUUGACUUUUCAUCUUACUGUUCUGCUAGUAAUACUCAUACCUGCUUGUCCUGGUCGAUAAUUGAAUGAAGAAAAGGCAGUUUCAUUUGGCCAGUUGUUCUCUGUACCAAUGUAAUCUUCCUGAUGCUUUCCUACAUAACCAAGUGAAGUUCUGUGUUUUCUUCCCUGCUGUCUUCUCUGCCAAUCUCCCUCAUUGCUUUUAGUCCAAUUCAACAUUCCGGUGCUGCCCCAGCUCACUGGCUGAAGCCUUUCUGCUCUCAGGUGAUUUUUUUUUUUCCAGUUCCAAAAUUACAUGACUAACCCUGUUGUUUGACAUCAUUUCAUUGUGUGUUUUGGGUUUUGUGUUGUUGUUUUGUUUUUUUUUUUUUUUAACUGUUGGAGCAAUCUGUGUGUCUGGUAUAUUAAUGGAGCUUUGGCAUGAUUAUUUAACCUGUUGCUGAGUUCACAGUUCUAGAAAAAAAUGUCUGUGCUCUUUGUAGGGAAUGUUUUUCUCUCUGUGUCUGUGCAUGUGCGCUUCCCUGUGCCUUUAAGGUAAGUUAGGCAAGCAAAGGGUUUCUUGAAACAACCUGUUAAGGCCUUACUUCUUCCAGAGAGCUGUGAAGGAAAGGUUUAAAAUAAGGCCAGGGUGUGAUUACCCAGCUGAUUCUCCAGGUUAAUCUGUUUGCAUGGAGCUCACACAUUCCCUGAGCAAGCAGUGUCAGAGCAUUCCCUGCUUUCCUACUGGAAAAGUCUGGUACAAAAGGUUCUGCAGAAAAAAAAAGCCAAAACCAAGCAAAUCAUAACCCUCCACCCCAGCUGACAUAUUUAGGCAGGCCUAACAGUGCAUGUGGUUCUGGGGCUAAGCUGGUUUUAUUCCCUUGGUUGGUACUCAUGGAUGGGUUUCUCUUCACCACCCCUCUCCACCACCAGCCCCCACCAUGAUUUUGUAUUUUGUACAUGAUUUCCAGCUGGUGUAAUCACCAGGGGACAGUCUGGAAGGGGAGAUGAAUCCCAGCAAGAACCAAGGGUUCAGGCUGACCAGCAAGUGCACUGAGCCUGGCUGAUGUGGUCCUGACCCAGCUGGGGAUCCCUCUCAGAGGGAAGGGCUUGAACUGAUCUUAGGAGCAGUUUUAGGAGGGCCAGCCAUCCUCUGCCAUCUGCCCCAAUUUCCCAGCCUCAGGCAGCCUGCUCCUUAUCCUGCUGGUCUGUACAUUUGCAUGACUCAGCCAACAGUAUUUAUUUGUGUGGGUAUCCUAAAAUGACUUGAGGGCUCUGCAGGUCCCCAUGCUGUGCCCACACAGAAUCUCUCAGUGUUUCCAACGUCACUUCCUGCACACAUGGCUGGGAUGUGACUCCCAGUGUAUUUCAGGGCUGCAGUGUGUUCUUACAAAGCUCAGCAUGCUUUAAUAUGAAGGUCAUGACAUGAAGGUCUGCCAUUUCAAACCACUUCCUAUUGCUGUGUUUUUUACUCUCUGUUGCAGAGUCUUCCUUGUUCUUCCUGCCCAGUGAGGAUUCUGUCCUUCUCCUCCUAAAUCUUCUGUCUUCAUUUUACUUGAUAAUCUUAACUGAAUAUUUUUAUGAAGUAGUUUUUAACUCUGUAUUUAAAUUUUCACAUGAAGUUCUGUAUUUUGCACACGACAAAAAUUGUUCUAGCUUUAUUUAUGAUAUCUGCUGUAAACAAAAAUAAAUGUAGUUCUUUAUAAGUC